AUUCCAGCAUUUCACUUGUCACACUGACGGGUGAGGUGCCUUUCAUAUUGGCAUAGGACAGCGUGUGGAUGCCUCCCCUUGUGUUAUUAAACAGAGACCGGGCUGGCGAAUCUACCCAGAGCUGGAGCCUCCUUUGCCGCUUGGGAAGACCAGUGGCACCUUGGCUCGAGAUAAUUCUGACUAUGGCUGUAGAACCCAGCAGCUCCGAAUCCACGAAAAGGAGAGUUGGAAGGAGGAUGAAGAAAAUGAGCAACAUCUACGAGUCUGCGGCCAACACGCUGGGGAUCUUCAGCAGCCCCUGCCUGACCAAGGUUGAGCUGCGCGUGGCCUGUAAGGGCAUUUCCGACAGAGACGCCCUUUCCAAACCGGACCCCUGUGUCAUCCUCAAGAUGCAGUCCCAUGGGCAGUGGUUCGAGGUUGACAGAACGGAGGUGAUUCGCACCUGCAUAAACCCGGUGUAUUCGAAACUGUUUACUGUGGACUUUUACUUUGAAGAGGUGCAGCGCCUGCGGUUUGAGGUCCACGACAUCAGCAGCAACCACAACGGGCUGAAGGAGGCUGACUUCCUCGGGGGCAUGGAGUGCACCCUUGGCCAGAUCGUUUCCCAGAGGAAGCUGUCCAAAUCCUUGCUGAAGCACGGGAACACUGCGGGGAAGUCCUCCAUCACGGUGAUUGCUGAAGAAUUAUCUGGCAAUGACGACUAUGUUGAACUUGCAUUCAAUGCACGGAAAUUGGAUGACAAGGAUUUCUUCAGUAAAUCUGACCCAUUUCUGGAAAUUUUUCGUAUGAAUGACGAUGCAACUCAGCAGCUUGUGCACCGAACUGAGGUUGUGAUGAAUAACUUAAGCCCAGCCUGGAAAUCAUUCAAAGUAUCCGUGAAUUCCCUGUGCAGUGGAGAUCCAGACCGCCGGCUGAAGUGCAUAGUAUGGGACUGGGACUCCAAUGGCAAACAUGAUUUCAUUGGAGAAUUCACCUCGACAUUCAAGGAGAUGAGAGGAGCAAUCGAAGGGAAGCAGGUGCAGUGGGAGUGCAUCAACCCCAAGUACAAAGCCAAGAAGAAGAAUUAUAAGAACUCAGGCAUUGUGAUUUUGAAUCAAUGCAAGAUCCACAAGAUGCAUUCUUUCUUGGACUACAUCAUGGGUGGCUGCCAAAUCCAGUUUACAGUAGCUAUAGACUUCACUGCCUCAAACGGGGACCCCAGGAACAGCUGUUCCCUGCACUACAUCCACCCUUACCAGCCCAACGAGUACCUGAAGGCCUUGGUGGCUGUGGGGGAGAUUUGCCAAGACUAUGACAGUGACAAAAUGUUCCCAGCCUUUGGGUUCGGUGCCAGGAUACCCCCAGAGUACACGGUCUCUCAUGACUUCGCAAUCAACUUUAACGAAGACAACCCAGAAUGUGCAGGAAUUCAAGGAGUUGUGGAAGCCUAUCAGAGCUGCCUCCCUAAGCUCCAGCUCUAUGGUCCCACCAACAUCGCCCCCAUCAUUCAGAAGGUCGCCAAGUCAGCAUCGGAGGAGACUAACACCAAGGAGGCCUCGCAAUACUUCAUCCUGCUGAUCCUGACCGACGGUGUCAUCACAGACAUGGCUGACACCCGGGAGGCCAUCGUCCAUGCCUCCCACCUCCCCAUGUCGGUCAUCAUCGUGGGAGUGGGCAACGCCGACUUCAGCGACAUGCAGAUGCUGGACGGUGAUGACGGGAUCCUGAGGUCACCCAAAGGAGAGCCUGUCCUUCGAGACAUCGUUCAGUUCGUGCCCUUCAGGAACUUCAAACAUGCAUCUCCAGCUGCCCUGGCAAAGAGCGUGUUGGCUGAAGUCCCAAACCAAGUCGUGGACUAUUACAAUGGCAAAGGGAUUAAGCCAAAAUGUUCCUCAGAAAUGUACGAGUCUUCCAGGACACUAGCACCGUGAACUCCACGCACUUUUACAGAGCUCUGAAAUACUACUCCUGCUAAUAUUUAAUACUUCCACUACUCCCGUACUUUAAAAAAACCACACAUACACAUUUAAAAAUAGCACGUUUUGGUGAUUUUUAACUAACUGACCAUUUUUUUUGCAUGUGUAGCCCUGAGGCCUGGAUCUGGUAAGCCCUUGUAUUGUUAAAGACUUUUUACAAAGAAACAAAUAAUUAUAACUUACUCUUUACAUUACAGCAUGUCGCCUUGAGAUAAAAUGGUUAUCUGUAUCUGUUUUUUAUACAGGUUUGUUGAAAUUUUGCUAAAUUUCUUAUUAUCUUUACACUGUAAAGCAUUUUGAAACAUUUACCGAACGUUGAUAGCCAAAACACAUUUGGUUUUAUCUGCUCCAGGAUGAGAGACUUUUCAAAAUGGUAGAUGCAUGGACUGUAUUUUGCAUGUUUCAAAUAAAAACACCCACACCCACACUGUUUUUUGCAGUUGUUAUCUAUAACUCAUCCCUGCUGAGAAUGGUCUCUGCUGAUGAAGAUGUUUAGCCACCUAGAAGUAGUCUUCUUGACGUGGGUCUGGGGCUCUUAGCCCAGCACCUACCUCUCAGCUUUACUGAGCACACAGAUCCCCUGAGGAUCUUGUCAGAAUUCAGACCAUGAUGCCAUAGGUCUGCAGGGGCCCCCGAUUCUGCUGCUCUGACAAAGUCCCAGGGGAUGCCAGUGCUGUCCUCAGGCCGCACUAAGAGGGCCGAGGUUCUGGAUGCCAGGGUGUGAUCGUAGAGACCAUCCGAAACAGGGCAGAACCUAGCCUGCUUGAGAAUGGCACCUCUCCCCUGCCAGUAGCACAAAGGCCCUGCCUGACUCCGAGGUGGGAGUAGAAAGUACUGAGACUGAUUCCAGAAGCUGCAGGCCCCGCAUCAGUCUCACUGCUCGGUAGUCCCACCUCUUCCUUAACCGAGGCAUCGCUCACCUUGCAGCAUGAAUGAUGCCACGUUUAUGUCCACCCCUAGCAAUGACCUCAGAAGGUCUUCAGUAGAACCACGAAGACGGAGACUUGUCCAUGGCAAAUGGCCGUGCAGCGCGCUCCCCAGAAAGGUGGCCCACCGAGUUGAUUUUUAAGCUGAGUCUGGGGCUUCUCUUUGCCUCAUUUUUAU